UAGUAGUCCUCUCACAGAAUUCAAAAGCUUGCCUGGUAACGUGACCUACAUCGUGCAAGAUUACGAGAAGGCUCUGACAAGCAAUUUGGAGGAAGCCCUCAAAAAUGAUGGGGAGGGUUAUGGCUCAUCUGUUGGAAAAGGUUAAGAGUACUGGUUUUCUAAAUCCCUUCAAAUUCAAAACCGAGAAGAUGGAGAGGGUUAGAGAAAUCCUGAUGAGGUUUGGCUUUCUAAAGGACACGUACCCUUACCAACCUGAGCUUUCACGUCAUGUCGUAUUGGUUGCACUACUGAGUUGCGUGUUUUUUAGCUGCUUCGACAUUAUGCAGACUCUUAAGGAUGACAACAGCAUUGUGUGGUGGACUGUACAUGUCUGUUUGUUUGCAUUCUUCUAUUUCUUUUUACAGCCUUGGAUCCGAUUCUUUUCCCAGCCAUUGAUAGGGAAACCAAGCUAUUCCAAUCUUUAUAAAUGGUAUGUAUCUUGGCUUUUGGUAGCGGCUGUGUAUCAUCUUCCCAGUUCUCACUCAGUGGCAAUGUCUAUGAGAAUGAAUGUGUCUUUAUUUUUGACAACUUUUGCCUCUUCUAUAUUCUGUCUUCUCGCCUUCCACUGUAUUUUUAAGGGCAUCCAGUACAUUUUUCAAUGUGAUGAGACUCGACAGCUGCCAGAUAUAUGGACCAUUCUCCAAUUUUCUGCUGUUGUAAGCAUAGCCUGCUGUACUUUUCUGAGUCACUGUAAAGAGAGACCGCUUGAACAAAGUUAUUUGAUAGACAAAGUCUGCUCAUCUUGGCUUGCUCCGUUUGAGUCUGCGAGGUACUAUUAUUAUCAUCCGGCUGUUAUCUUGUGGGGCAGCGAUGGGAUAAUAUACGUUCCACUUUUUCCCAUGUGGGGCAAUCAAGGGAUAAUAUUCGUUCUUUAUGCCAAGUCAGCUAGCACUAGCAGUGAGUCAUCACCUGUGAGCUCUUCAGACGAAAUCUAUCACAUCUACUCAUGUUGGAUCACAUUUAUGGGCCUGUACAUUGCCAAUUAUGUAGCAGAGAGGUCAUUUGAACCAGGUGAAAAAUACAAGAAGAAUAAGCAAACGAAGCCUGAUUUUUUAGAUAUGGUUCCCUGGUAUUCAGGUACAUCAGCUGAUCUAUACAAGACUGUUUUUGACCUCAUGGUAUCAGUAAUUGUAUUCCUAGGUCGUUUUGACAUGCGUAUAUUGCAGGCAGCAAUGAAUCAAAUUCAAGUUGUGCCAAAAAAUAAGGAGGCUCAAGCUGGAAUUCAACAAGGAGAUUAUUUAUAUGAUCAUUUUAGUAAAGAAAAAGAACUAUGGUUCGACUUCAUAGCUGACACCGGUGAUGGUGGGAACUCAACUUAUACUGUGGCACGACUACUUGCUCAGCCGCAUAUUAAAACCAAUUCUGGAAUCUUAAAACGUGGAGACUUAUUACUCAUUGGUGGGGAUCUCGCGUAUCCCAAUCCCUCAGAGUUUACAUAUGAAAGGCGCCUCUUUCGUCCUUUUAAGUAUGCACUUCAGCCACCACCCUGUCAUGAACAGGGACGUAUGGGUGUCAAGAAGCUUGAUGAGAUGCCUCCCUGUUAUGAACAACAACGUAUGGCUGUCAACAAGUCUGCAAUCCCUCCUGGGAUGACUGAACAGAAGCAAGACAAAAAAAGCACCAAAAAACGAAGACAAUCAUUGUCAUAUAAUGGACCUCGGUGUUUUGCUAUUCCUGGAAACCAUGAUUGGUUUGAUGGACUUCACACCUUUACGAGAAAUAUAUGUCAUAGGAGCUGGUUGGGUGGGUGGUUCAUGCCUCAAAAGAAGAGUCAUUUUGCCUUGCAACUCCCUAUGGGAUGGUGGAUAUUUGGUCUUGAUCUUGCACUCGAUGGUGAUAUUGAUGUCUACCAAUUCGAAUUCUUCUCUAAAUUAGCUACCAAAAUGGUGAGAAGGACAAACUCAGUAAUCAUCAUGACACACCAACCAGAUUGGCUUCUUGAUUGGUAUGAGAAUGGUGAUUCUCGAAAAGAUGCUUCAGACUACAAAUCAAAUGGAAAUAAUGUCUCAGACCUGAUAUGUAACAUUUUAAAAGAAAAGUGUAAACUUCGAAUUGCUGGUGAUAUACAUCACUAUAUGCGCCACUCAGUUGUUAGAUCAGAUGAGUUAGAUAAUUCUCAGCCAAAAAGAAAGAAUGGACCAAUUUAUCCCCAACAUCUACUUGUAAAUGGUUGUGGUGGUGCAUUUGCACAUCCCACCCAUGUCUUUAGCGAUUUCAAUGAAUCUCAUGGAGUUUCCUAUAAGUGCAAACAUGCUUAUCCUCCUUAUAAAAUUUCAAGAAGGCUUGCAUUAAGAAAUAUUUGGAAUUUCAGAAAGGAAAAUUGGCAGUUUGACUUUAUUGGUGGCAUUAUUUACUUUAUGCUGGUCUUUUCUAUGUUCCCCCAGUGUGAGCUUGAUCACAUUUUCAAGGAAGAUUCAAUUUCUGGUUUCUCGAGGAGUUUCUUUGGCUCAGUGUGGAAUGCUUUUAUAUACAUGAUGGAUCUCUCUUAUGUGUCUCUGGGAGGUCCUACGCUAUUGCUAAUUCUGGCAGUUGCAUUUGUACCUUCCAAAGUGUCAUGUAAGACACGGGUUAUGAUUGGAGUUCUUCAUGUUUCUGCUCAUCUGGCCGCAGCUCUAAUUCUAAUGCUGGUGCUGGAAUUGGGUAUUGAGACCUUUGUCCGGCAUAAACUUGUAGCAACUUCAGGCUAUCACUCUUUAUAUCGGUGGCACCAAACUAUGUUCCAUAGGCACCUCCCAGUUCCAAUUGCCAUUCAAGAUAGUAUAAAACGAUGGACUUUUGGGCUUUAUCCGGCAUGUAUCAAGUAUCUCAUGUCUGCAUUUGAUCUACCAGAGCUCAUGGCUGUGACACGAAGCAAUAUUUGCAAGAAUGGGAUGGAGUCUAUCUCUCGAUGGGGUGCAAUCAUUUAUCAUGCUUCCAUCUUCCUUUAUUUCUGGGUCUUGUCAACCCCUGCAGUUUCCCUUGUAUUUGGAAGCUACCUAUACAUUUGCAUCAAUUGGUUUAACUUACACUACGAUGAAGCCUUCUCCUCACUUAGGAUUGCUGAUUACAAGGCAUUCACGCGAUUUCAAAUCAAACAUAAUGGUGAUCUUGAAGUUUUCACCCUUGCAGUUGAUAAGGUACCAGAGGAUUGGGAGCUGGAUCCUAAAUGGGAGGGGCCGAAUUCAAAUCAGUUGAGCCACCUUAGAGAGAAUCCCAGCCAAUGGAAAGCUGCUGAUUCGGAUCAAGAGCCGUUAAACACAGUUAGAAUUAUUGACAAAUUCGUUAUUCCACGAAAACAUGGUCCUGAAUCUCCUUAAUGAUACCAGGGGAAGUGAAACAGAAUAAUAAAUCCGAUUUCUUGGUCAAAUACUCACUGCCUAGGGCUGAUGAUAGCAACAAAUAAUGUUUUGUAAAGCAGUGCUACA